AUGGCAUUUACAAAACAACAAAGAAAUAAGGAGAAGUUCACCAGAGAGUACAAGGUACGGGAGAUUCAAAAGAGUAUUACGAAGAAGACUAGAUUAAGAAAGGCAUACUUGAAAGCCUUGAAAGAUGAAGGGUACUCAGUUCCUGAAGCUCAAUCACAAUCUCAUGUUAAGAUGAGUGUCCGUGAUAUGAAAGAACAACGUUUACGGGAAGGGAAAAAGAAACUGGAUGAAAAGAAAGAGAUUAAGAGACAAAGACGUAAAAAUAAUGUUGAACAGGCUGCAGAACAUCGUCAGAGACAGAUAGAUCGUCUGAAUGAAUCUAAGGAGAAAUUUAAGCAAAGGGAACGUAGAUCAAACAAACUUACUCAACGUACAAGGACGGGGCAACCUUUAAUGGGACCAAAGAUAGAUGAUCUUCUAGAUAAGAUUAAGAAGGAUGAUACAUAUACCCGUUAG